AUGCCCCAGAAUGGCGAUGGCCCUCUCGAUAUAGCUAUCGCACAGGCGAACAAGCCAAGACUACCUCCCGAAUUACUGGAACAAAUAGUAAAGGAACAUGCACUACCAUGCAUUUAUGGUGAUCCGAUAGCAUCUUCUACCUUGGCAGCAUGCUCUUUGGUCAAUCGGACAUUUCGAUAUUGGUCACUAAGCGCUAGAUUUGCGGUCAUUGUUGCUCCUAGACAUGUUCGUGAUUUUAGGAAAUGGUAUGCACGAUCUCAAAAUGAUAUGCAAGGUUUCAAUCGAGCAUUAUUCAUCGCAUUGGAUGAUGUGUCAAAGUUGACGAGCAUGUCAGCUGGCUGGGAUGUGGAAAUGUUGAAGUUGUUACAACAGCAAGGACCUCAUCUUCUGCAUUUAUCGCUUUGGAAUUCGGAAACCCGUGCUUUGCUACGGGAUCCCGCACAAAUUCGAGGAGCUCGUCGGAUGGUGAAACAAAUGCGAAAAGGAAAGUUGGUGCAAGGGGAAGCACUGAGCGCAAUUCCACUGAAGUCUGAUUUCACAAAUCGAAAUGAAGCACAAACGAGAGCAGAAAUGGCAGCAGCAAAAGAGAGAGCUCGACAAACGUUACCAAAUUGGUUACGAUUAGAGCUUGCGAGUAAAGAAGCAGCAAAAGAAGUUAAAAGGAGGUAUAAAGCUCAUAUUUCUGCAGACGCACGGGAUGUGGAAAUAGACUGGGCUUGUAUGCCGGAGAAGCUCAGCAUCUGCCCAUCGCUGCCUUUACAUGAACACGAAGAACCUUUGAACUUUGCACGAAUGACGAUUUGGACGAGGGUAAAAGAAUUGGAUGUCUUUGUUUCUGUACCUUCAGAAGUUCCGAGAUGUUUGGAACUAAUUUCAAGUCUGGUCGCUUCGCCUUUGAUCAAAUUUCGUUUUUCGUCAAUCAAUGCUUCUUUGUUGAUUUCUCUUACACCGAAUGGUCAACGAGUAUCUGAUGAGGGCUUGCAGCAACCUGAUAUCAACAUCGCACAUGGGCUUCAGAAGGUCUUACAGAGCCAUGUUUUGCGUUCUCUGCUCUUUGAUGAAUUUAAUAAUCAUCGUAUACCCGAUAUAGGCAUGCUAGAACGAGCUAUAGCAUCGAUGAUCAGACAAAGCACCUGCACAUCCGCAAUGGAAUCAACACGUGCAUACGGCCAAGAAAGGGCAAGCACGAAGGAGAAGAAAGAUUCUCGUCCUAGUCUAGCAUCAUCAUUAGCGUUCGAUAGGACUUUAUCGGAUAAUGAUGGGCAUGCAUCAGAACAGCUCGUAUGUGUGAAAGUGCUUCAAGGUAAUCAAGCUCAUUAUGGAAAGCUGAAAGAUCGUCGUCAAGAUUUUCUUGUUCGUGCUUUAGGCAUUGGAUCUGAUCCUUGGAAGAAUGUACAACACUAA